UGAUUUCAACAAAGACGUAUCAAAUCCAAUAGUGAGAGAUUGGUCGUGUAUGGAGAUGGUUUGUUGGUUGGGCUUGCGUAGUGAUAACCUUGAGGAAAUGGUGGGGACAGUGAUGCCGUAUGUCCGUGGCAGUCUUCCUUUCAUAGGUGGGCUGGAAUGGACGAAUGCUAGACGUGUAUUUGGUGUGGCACACAUAAACAACAAUCAUUGGUGUUUCUAUCAGAUAUGCAUCCCCGAGCAGCGCAUUGUUGUUUACGACUCUCUGAACUAUGACUGGGAUACUGUAGCGGGGCAUUUUGACAAGGUCCGGACGAACUUACCCAUACUAUGCCGUUUGGGAAGAAUAUGGGAGAGGUGCAACUAUUCAAACGCCCUUAUGGAGAGCUGGGACGUCGUGAAGUUUGAGAAUCCACCACAACAAACAAAUCAUAGCGACUGUGGAAUCAUAGCAAUCAAAUUUAUGGAAUGUUGUGCUUAUGGUGUUCCCGUGGAUGGCAUAAAACCUGAACGUGGACCCAUUUUUCGACGCCGUUACGUGGUAAGGCUUUUUAAUUCUUCAUAUGAAGCAUGACUCCUACACAUGUUUGAGGGGCGGCAGACAUUGGAAGUGAAGGAAUAGGUAUCAAAGCAGGUUUUGUGGUUCUUCGAAGCAAAGUAGGCUGUUAUUUUUUGGGUACAUGCUUGUUCAUAACUCUCCUUUUGGUUUUGGACUAAUUCUUGUUAUUAGCGAAAACCUAAGUUAUGAGCUGAGCUCGUUCAUUGGGAUGUAAAUAUUGCAGCAAAAAGCAUUAGUAUUGCUUCCUUUGUUAUGGAAAUAGUAAACAAGUUUUAUAUAGUGCUCUAGU